UGUGCCCACGAUUGUGCCAUAAUGUGCCCACGAUUGUGCCAUAAUGUGCCCACGAUUGUGCCAUAAUGUGCCCACGAUUGUGCCAUAAUGUGCCCAUGAUUGUGCCAUGAUUGUGCCAUAAUGUGCCCAUGAUUGUGCCAUAAUGUGCCCAUGAUUGUGCCAUGAUUGUGCCAUAAUGUGCCCAUGAUUGUGCCAUAAUGUGCCCACGAUUGUGCCCACAAUUCCAAUGCCAUGCCAAAUGCUAAGGGCUGCUGGUCGCUAUGCCAGUUGGCACGUGCCAUGAUCACAAUAUUGCCCAGUCCCGUGGCUACAAAUACAGUGAGUUCAUAUGUUUUGCCUUCACUGAUUCCCGUGCCCCACUGGGGGUAUAUACCGAUUCCCGUGCCCCACUGGGGGUAUAUACCGAUUCCCGUGCCCCACUGGGGGAAUAUACCGAUUCCCGUGCCCCACUGGGGUAUAUACCGAUUCCCGUGCCCCACUGGGGGUAUAUACCGAUUCCCGUGCCCCACUGGGGGUAUAUACCGAUUCCCGUGCCCCACUGGGGGAAUAUACCGAUUCCCGUGCCCCACUGGGGGUAUAUACCGAUUCCCGUGCCCCACUGGGGGUAUAUACCGAUUCCCGUGCCCCACUGGGGGUAUAUACCGAUUCCCGUGCCCCACUGGGGGUAUAUACCGAUUCCCGUGCCCCACUGGGGGUAUAUACCGAUUCCCGUGCCCCACUGGGGGUAUAUACCGAUUCCCGUGCCCCACUGGGGGUAUAUACCGAUUCCCGUGCCCCACUGGGGGUAUAUAGCGAUUCCCGUGCCCCACUGGGGGUAUAUAGCGAUUCCCGUGCCCCACUGGGGGUAUAUAGCAAUUCCCGUGCCCCACUGGGGGUAUAUACUGAUUCCCGUGCCCCACUGGGGGUAUAUACUGAUUCCCGUGCCCCACUGGGGGUAUAUACUGAUUCCCGUGCCCCACUGGGGGUAUAUACUGAUUCCCGUGCCCCACUGGGGGUAUAUACCGAACAGAGCUGCCUGGGGGGGUGACACACAGUUUAUAUGGGGGGCUCCUCAUAUCUCGGUGUAUUUUGCCUUCACUGAUUCGGUUAUACCCCGUGGUACGUGGGCGGAGCCUGUAACAAGUCGGUCACAUGAGCAGUUUCUCUUACCUUUACCCUCUCUGACAGGUUCAUGGGGGCAGUUACAGAGGGCAGAAGGAAGCUCAGUGAUGUCACUGGGGCAAAUUCCUUGGGAGUGGGGAACACAAAGGGCAAUUAGUUGUGACCUAAUCACUAUAUUGUGAUGUAAUAGGGCAGCUGGCAACUGGGGACCACCCAUUUCUGGGAAUGCUCCCCUCGGGCUUUGGUACAGUGUCGGGGGCUGGAUAGUGGCCGGGCGGGUCAGUGUUAUGGGGGUUGGAUUUGGUAGAAGGGGGGUUAGUAGUGAGUGGGGGGGCGGGAUUUAGCAGAAGGUCCAUGGUCUUAAGCGGAGAUACUUGUUAGUACUGAUGAUCAGCGGUAGGUUAGUGUUUGUAACUAGUCCUUGUUAGUAUUGUGUUUCUGUAUAUGUAGGGUCACUCAGUGACACCCCAAUAAAUUUCAUUUCUACCUACUG